AUGGUUGAGAUUAUGCAGAUUCAACUUCAUCAUUCAAGAUUUAUCAGACAUAAUUUCAUUAAUGCCAUCAAAGAAUUCGACGAAGACGACGACCAAGGACUUCAAAUGAUGCCAAUAUUAUCUAAAAUUGUUGUCUCGCCUUCGCCACAUCCCUCGAUGGUUUCUGUUGUAAAAAUUGAUGAAACUGUUGAAGCAUAA